AUGUCUGUCUCGUGGCGUGUAGAUUGGCGGGAUGGCACGGAGAGCCCCACACAGCCACCGCGCGCGUGGACGCAGACCGCCCGCGCCCAACACAUUCGCGACGAGACUGCAGGCGUCGGCAACGGCUCCACCUUCCAGCAGAUCGCCGUCAUCUUUGACAAGACUCUCGCGCCGCCUGUCCUCGGCUGGUCGUCCGCCAUCGCCUCCUUCGGCGCCCUCCUCGCGGGGGCCCGGGCCCACCUGCGACGCGGUGCGCCCGAGACGCCCUUCUUCAUCUUCGGCGCCUACUACUUCACCUGCAUCAUUGUCAACUGGUGGUUCUACCUGCGCAUCCACCCCAACUCGAUCAAGCCCGGCACCGCGCCGCAGUCCGCAAAGGAGUAG